UAAGUGGAAAAUAAAAAAGCGUGGAACAGAAAGGAGAGGGAGGGGGGAAGGGAAGACAGUGGGCGAAGAGAAGGAGAAUGGGAGAUGGAAAUAAUCACAGUAUGUGGGGUCAUCUACCGCUGCUGGUGAGAGCUAGCUCCAAGGAAUCGGUGGAAUACAUACUCCAAGCUCUCUGGCGUACCCGACUCACCGGUCUCGACGCCACCGACCGCCGAAUCUUCCGCGAUAUUCUUCAACUCUCCAACGACUCCGACCUCGACCCCCUUUUAGUGUGUCUACGAGUAUUGAUCCGGAGGUGUGUUUAUGACAAUGUUAAUAAAGACGAGAUUCAUAAAUUGUUCCCUGCUGAAGUUCUGCCCGAACUGCAAAGACUAUUGACACUUCUACUGCAAAAAUUCCAAAGGGAGUGGCGACAGGAUAUUUCAAAAGACCAGGUCAUCUUACCCUGGCUAAAGUCAAUGACCUGGAACAUGGCAAAUCAAAGUGGGGAACAAACAGAGCUGGCUGCACUUCACAGUGAUGCUCAACCAGGUAUGGGUGAACGAGAUGUUAAGUUCCUAUUGGCGAAAGACACUAUGGAAAUGAUGUUGAAGUCCAUGUACAGUACACGAGACGAGCUAUCUGAACCUGACGAAACACCAGAAUGACACUUAGUCCAGGAUUAACGUGGUUCAGCUCAGUCAUUAGAAAGGUAUAUUGUAGUUCUUCUGUCUGUUUGAGAUUAUCCUGAUUCCGGCAUAUCUAGUAUUGCCAAUCCAGGCUCUUCCCUUCAUAUUGGUUUCUUCUGCAUACCCUUUUGUUACUAUAAGUUUGUAUUAUUAGGUCGUUGACUACAUCGUUGAGUUACGUUGACACAAUGAAAAAAAUCCGAACAUCGGUCUUCAAAAAGCUGUUAAUUGUUCAUCUACUUGUUUGUGGUAUUA